GAGGCCUCUACGGCCGCCGCGCCGGGGCGCGUUCUCCGCCGGCCGGUCGGACCCCGGGGCGUUCCCUCCCCGCUGCUCCCUGGAGCGCGGGUUCCGCCGGCCGCGGCCAACGAGGGCGCCCGUGCUCCCCCCGCCAGCCGCCGCCUCCCCCUGCGCGCGGGGCCGGCAUGGAGCUCUUCCAGGCUAAGGACCACUACAUCCUGCAGCAGGGCGAGCGCGCGCUGUGGUGCAGCCGCCGCGACGGCAGCUUCCAGCUCCGACCCGCUACCGAUCUUCUUCUUGCCUGGAAUCCCAUUUGUCUAGGAUUGGUAGAAGGUGUUAUUGGGAAAAUUCAGCUUCAUUCAGAUCUUCCGUGGUGGCUUAUUCUAAUUCGUCAGAAAGCAUUGGUGGGCAAACUCCCAGGAGACCAUGAGGUCUGUAAAAUUACCAAAAUUGCUGUGCUAUCACUUUCUGAAAUGGAACCUCAGGAUCUUGAACUAGAGCUCUGUAAGAAGCAUCAUUUUGGGAUUAACAAGCCAGAGAAGAUUAUAUCAUCUCCUGAUGACUCAAAGUUUCUGCUGAAGACCUUUACACAUAUUAAAUCCAAUGUAUCGGCUCCUAAUAAAAAGAAAGUUAAGGAAAGUAAAGAGAAGGAGAAAUUAGAGCGAAGAUUACUUGAGGAAUUGCUGAAGAUGUUCAUGGACUCAGAAUCCUUUUACUAUAGUUUGACCUAUGACCUGACUAAUUCGGUGCAGAGACAGAGCGCUGGAGAGAGGGACAGCCGGCCCCUCUGGCAGAAGGUUGAUGACCGAUUUUUUUGGAAUAAAUACAUGAUACGAGAUCUUACUGAGAUUGGUACACCAGAUGUGGACUUUUGGAUUCUCCCUAUUAUCCAAGGUUUUGUGCAGAUUGAAGAACUGGUGGUAAAUUAUAAUGAAUCAUCUGAUGAUGAGAAAAGCAGCCCAGAGACUCCCCCUCCGGAGUCCACCUGUGUAGACGACAUUCACCCACGGUUUCUAGUCGCUCUGAUUUCACGCCGAAGUAGGCACAGAGCAGGAAUGCGCUAUAAACGAAGAGGCGUGGAUAAAAAUGGAAAUGUUGCAAAUUACGUUGAGACUGAGCAGUUAAUUCAUGUUCAUAAUCAUACCCUGUCAUUUGUUCAAACACGAGGCUCUGUUCCUGUCUUUUGGAGCCAAGUUGGGUAUCGAUAUAAUCCAAGACCUCGUCUGGACAAAAGUGAAAAGGAAACUGUUGCCUAUUUCUGUGCCCAUUUCGAAGAACAACUGAAAAUUUACAAAAAACAGGUAAUUAUUAACUUGGUAGACCAGGCAGGAAGAGAGAAAGUUAUUGGUGAUGCUUACCUGAAGCAGGUGCUGCUGUUUAACAACUCACAUCUCACUUACGUCUCCUUUGACUUCCACGAGCACUGCCGAGGAAUGAAGUUUGAGAAUGUCCAGACACUGACAGAUGCCAUUCAUGACAUUAUUCUGGACAUGAAGUGGUGUUGGGUUGACGAAGCUGGGGUAAUAUGUAAGCAAGAAGGGAUUUUUCGCGUUAAUUGUAUGGACUGCCUGGAUCGCACCAACGUGGUCCAAGCUGCCAUUUCAAGAGUGGUCAUGGAACAGCAGCUGAAGAAAUUAGGUGUGAUGCCCCCAGAGCAGCCAUUACCUGUGAAAUGUAAUCGUAUCUACCAGAUAAUGUGGGCUAACAACGGUGACUCCAUUAGUAGACAGUACGCCGGAACAGCCGCUCUAAAGGGUGACUUUACAAGGACAGGAGAAAGGAAGUUAGCAGGAGUUAUGAAAGAUGGAGUGAACUCAGCAAAUAGGUAUUACCUCAAUCGAUUUAAGGAUGCUUAUAGACAGGCUGUUAUAGAUUUGAUGCAAGGCAUUCCAGUGACAGAAGAUCUUUAUUCCAUAUUUACCAAGGAGAAAGAGCAUGAAGCUUUGCAGAAGGAAAACCAGAGAAGUCAGCAGGAACUCAUUAGCCAGCUCUUACAAAGUUACAUGAAGUUACUAUUGCCUGAUGACGAAAAGUUCCACGGGGGCUGGGCCCUCAUUGACUGUGACCCCAGCCUCAUUGACGCUACUCACAGAGAUGUGGAUGUGCUGCUGCUGCUUUCUAACGCUGCCUACUACGUGGCCUAUUAUGAUGAUGAAGUUGAUAAAGUAAACCAGUAUCAAAGACUAAGUCUAGAAGACCUGGAAAAAAUAGAAAUAGGUCCUGAACCCACUCUGUUUGGUAAGCCAAAGUUCUCCUGCAUGCGAUUGCACUACAGGUACAGAGAAGCAAGUGGCUAUUUCCACACGCUGAGAGCUGUAAUGCGAAAUCCAGAAGAGGAUGGAAAAGAUACCCUUCAGUGCAUUGCAGAGAUGCUGCAGAUCACCAAGCAAGCCAUGGGUUUGGAUGUACCCAUAAUUGAGAAAAAACUUGAGCGGAAGAGCAGUAAACCUCAUGAAGACAUCAUUGGUAUCAGAUCUCAAAACCAAGGCUCUUUGGCCCAGGGGAAAAAAUUUUUAAUGAGCAAAUUUUCAUCUCUAAACCAAAAAGUGAAACAAACCAAAUCCAAUGUAAAUAUUGGCAACCUACGAAAACUAGGAAACUUUACAAAACCUGAAAUGAAAGUUAAUUUUCUAAAGCCAAAUUUAAAAGUAAAUCUUUGGAAGUCAGAUAAUAGUCUUGAAACCAUAGAAAACACAGGAGUGAUGGAUAGUAAGGACCAGGCAGAAUCUGAUGGGGACCUGUCUUCAGAUAAUGACUCAUACCAUUCUGAUGAAUUCCUUACAAAUUCCAAGUCUGAUGAAGACAGGCAGCUAGCUAAUUCUUUAGAGAGUGUAGGGCCAGUAGAUUAUGUUCUUCCUAGUUGUGGAAUCAUUGCUUCAGCACCUCAUGGACUAGGCAGUCGAUCUCAGUCUGUCAGCAGCACUGAUAUUAGCAUUCGUGUUCCUUCAGAGAUUACUGUUGCUCCUGGGAGUAGGCAUAGAAAAGACCAGGAAAAUCUACUGAUGAUGAAAAGUCCUUCUGCUGACAACAUACGCAUACUGACUAGCUUUGUCAAGCCUGUGGAUAUUUACUGCCACAGAUUUGUGCAAGAUGCACAAAACAAAAUGACCCAGCUCUCAGAGACCAGGUCUGUGUCUCAGCAGGAUAGUGAGGAAGGAAAUCAAACAUCCAAUCAAGUUUCCAAUGAAGCAACCCAGUCAGAGUCAACGGAACAGACACCUUCCCGACCAUCUCAAUUGGAUGUGUCAUUUUCUGCAACAGGCCCACAGUUUUUGUCAGUUGAACCAGUACAUUCACUUGUAUCUCAAAAAACCCCCAACUCUGGUUCCAGCAUGCUUGAACUUGAGACAGGGCUUCAUGUAACUCCUUCUUCAGAGAGCAGUAGCAGAGCAGUCUCUCCCUUUGCAAAGAUUCGAAGUUCCAUGGUCCAGGUUGCGAGUAUCACCCAGGCUGGAUUAACCCAUGGGAUAAACUUGGCAGUGGCAAAAGUUCAAAAAAGUCCUGCAGAACCUGAAGUGGUUAAUGAAGUCCAGCAAAAUGAACUUAAAAAUAUGUUUAUACAAUGCCAGACACGGAUAAUUCAGAUUUAGUUUUUGGCCACAAAAUCCUUUCAUGGCUUUUAUUUAAAAUUUUGAAAAGUUUUUACACGUUAGGGUAUUUAAUCUUGUGCUGUCUGAAUCUAGGGGGUCACAGAUUCUGGUUUCUUGGGAAGGGUUUCCAAAGUCUGAACCUGAGCAGAUUACCAAGUCAGAGCUAGGACUACAAAAGUGCAUCCUCCUAGAAAGUGGACCCAAGUAGUUUGUACACUACAGAGCAUUUGCUCACUUGGGAGUAAUUCAGGUCACUUUGGGAUAGGAUCUGAACCUUUGUUGGAGCAAGGUGGGUGGAGUGUCUGAAGUAGGCCCUUUAAGGGAUUAGUGUUUCUCCUAAUUUCUUCUGUUUGUCAGUUCAUUCCUGCGUAUUACCUGUACCAGGCAAAUUGUACACUUAGCUUUUUGUGACUUUAAAGUGUUAACUAGUACAGAGAAGCAUUUGAAUAGAAAAAAAGCUUUUAGUUUUGAUGGUUUAACCAUUCUCUAUGAGUUGAUUGAGGGUUGACACUAAAGUCAAGAAAUGGAUUCUCAUUUGAUCCUUGUUUUUUCCAUAUUCUACUUGAACAAAUUUACAAUAUUCUGCUGCCUAUAUACCCCCCAAUCUAGGAGCAUUAAGAUUUAUUAGUAAAACUGAUAUGUCAAAUGUGAAUACUAGCACCUAUUAAAUUGCAUUUUGCUGUUUUUAGAAACAUAGAAAUAUAUAUAUACACACAAACAGAUAUAUUGGCUACUGGAAAUUCUAGAAGGAAAUCUUCCAAGGUUUAACUUUUUAUAACUGGGCAUUUCUCAACUUCCUGUCUACAAACUACAACUAUUGAAAAUUUAGUCUGGAGCACAACUGUGCUUACAACUGGUUUUAUGGCUAUACUGACCACACAGAGCUCGGGCCACCUCUAACACACAGUAAAAACGCUGAGUAUUCCAACAAGUAUCAAGUUUGGUAUUGUUAGAGCCUUACUCCGUUGAAGUGAUUCUGAGCUGAACAUUGUGUCUAUUGUAACUCUGAUAAGCAUUCCACUUUUGUUAUUAGUGGUAUCUUAUUUUUUUUUGAAGUGUCAAAUCUUGUGACUAUUAAAAUAAAGUACCAUUGUAAUUUAACUUAA